CUCUUUUGAGCAGCUUCAGACCCUACGCUACAGAGCCAUGAAACGGGAAACUCCGAGGGUGAGUCAGGCUGGUAUUUCUGGGACUUCUUCGGAGCGAUUCGGCGUCAGUAAAUCCGACACAGACGCGCAGAUCUUCUGCAGGAUUGGCUGGAUACCGACUGCGCAAUCGCGAGACUUUAGAGCUCCUGUCAGCGAGGCACACGACCGGAAACGAUAUCAAUAGACGAACAGAAAUAGCACACGCAGAUCGCUAUCCCAGGUUGCGCAGUUUCAAAAGCAGUGUCAACGUCGAAAUCCUAAUUUUUUCUUGGCGUUCUUUGCUUCCGUAUACGAACAUCCUGUGGAGCAAAACAGCUGAAAGACCACCUAUCCCGUACGUACGUUUCGAAGCAGGGAUCAAAGCUCGACUGAUGCGAUCAGAUUGUCGGUGUGCGCAGCAGGUGAGAAUAGACGAGCGGCUAUUUAUAUCCUUUGUCCAUUACGUUCUGGCACGAGAUGUUACACCCGGGAGAUUGUCGACCUUUAUACCCACAAACCCGUCUCCGGGGCGUCGGAUCCCCAUAUCUCUCUCUCCCGCUCUGGCUUUUCCCGGAUCCGAUACACGGAAAAUACUCUCGUCAGUUGUCGUCAUCAGCUGUUCGUGCGCGGACAGCCUACAGAUUCGCUAGGCCUCUAAAUACUUGGUCGACCGCCGGGAAGGGUCCCCGGACCGGCCCAUGACCUCUACCAGCCCCUUCAUUCAUCUCAAGCCCUCGUUUAUUCUCUGGGAACUGCUCACUCCCCCGCGAUGCAGGAACGUCUUGAUUAUCGUCGCUCUCUCUCUCACAUACUUCUGGAUUAUUCUGAGCGGCCGCUUCUCCGAGUCUUGGCUGUUUUACGAGCCGCAGGGCGUGCCGGUUGUUCCACACGACGCGACUGAGCUCCAGUCCGACCAGCCUGCACCAACGCCCACCCCGGCGCUCAUUCAAGACCAGUCCGAUGGGUCAGCAGUCAGCAAGCCGAAGCUCAAAGUGGCGGUACCUGAGCUCCCCCCGCUCCGUCACGGGUCUGCUGUCUACCGCCCGUUCCUCGUGCCUACGCCGGCUGAGUCCUUCGCCGACCAGACCGUGCGGCGGAUAAAAGCGCACGACGCGUUUUCGUACGAGUGUCUGGAGCAUUGGGUCGCCACCGGGCUGUGGGGCUCGCCGUGUCGACACGACAUGGUGCAGGACUCGGUGAUCGACCUGGUCUACGUCUGGGUCAACGGCUCUGACCCAUUACAUUUUGAGUCCCGAAAGUCAUCUCUCAACCAACAGAAGGGUUACCGCACGUCAGAAGCCCGAUUCCGAGAACACGGCGAAUUGCGCUACUCGAUCCGCUCGGUGCAGCAGGCGACCAGGACGUGGCCCAACCCCACAAUUCAUGUCGUCGCGGCGGACGUGCCUGCCCCUCAUGCAUCGACUCUCCGCCUGGGCCUGGUGCCGCAGUGGUUGGACGUCUCGUGUGCCAGCCACACGUUCCCGCCUGUCGUGGACGAGGCGGGACUGGCCGUCCAGCAGAGCCAGUCGGCGAUACGACUGCACCAUGAUACUCAGCUCUUUCGCUUCACGGAACCCUCGUCAGAGGUCGAAGAUGUCGCUUCUUGGCUGGAGGAUGUCUUCCCCAGCUUCAAUAGCAUGGCCGUCGAGUCGCAGCUGGCCCAUCUUGACCCCGAUAUAGUGUCCGAGAACAUUGUUGCACUCAACGACGACCAGUUCAUGCUCCUCCCCGCGCCCCCAUCUGCGUUUCACACUGCACUUUAUGGCCCGGUGUUCAGAAUGCAGAGCGACCUGAUGGUCGACGGCGACGCGCGCGGAUUUGUGGAUGGCAACGGCGAAUGGCGGUCAUUGCGCUGGAGUGCGCAGUUGCUAGAUCGUCGAUUUGGUAUCAGGAAGCGCCCCUACAUGCAGCAUAACGCGCGGGCGCUCUCGCUGCCACUAAUGCACGAGGCCGCGCUGGCGUUUGGGCGCGAAUACGCCAACACGCCCCGGUCGCACUUCCGCGGCUCGCACGACGUGCCCGGCGAAUACGAGAUCAACACGAUCUUCCUCGCGUCGCACUUUGUCGUCGAGCGACAUAGGGAGGCAUUGCUAUGGUCCUGGGUUGUCGGGAAAUGGGGCUCGCAGUCGGGGGGAUUCUUGGACAAGGGUGCCAAAGCCCGGAUGUGGCGGGACCUCGGCGGCAACGAGAACCAGAAUGGGCUACUAUUCGAGACCGCUGAACGGACUACUCGAGAACAGGUUGACUUGAAUCUGCUCAUGGCUGGUAUCCAGCCCCCUGGAGCUGUCCACGUUGACUCCGAGAUGGACACGACAUACAGCUGGGUCUCCAUGGAUGGCUACACCGCCGACUACAAGCAGCUUCCAGAGAUGGUCUCUCAUUCUAGAAGUGCAUGUUUGGGAACGGAGCCUGAGGACGCUUGGAAAGUGUUUACGCGACUUCUCGUCAGCACAUGUGGUGACGAAGUCAUCCUUGCCCUGACCGCUCGGUCCAAGACCGGACUGGACGUAUUUCUGCCUGCACCCUCGAAUUCGAAGGAAAGCCUCGACGAUCCGAUUACCCUGCCCCUCGAACUGCCCGACUCCGCGCCCGCCCUGCCCACCAACCCCCGGGCCUUCGCUGUGCGCCUCAUCCAGCGCUACGCCUACGUCAUCGGCGACUCCCGCACCAAGUUCCUUAGCAUGAACGGGUUCCUCAGUGCCCAGAGCGAUCUGCUCGACAUCGAGAGCGACCACUCCACGGCCCUCUUCUGCCUCAACGACGAUUUAGGGACCAGCGCACCCAAGGUCCUCGAUGCCACUGACGCGCUGCUGCGGCAGUGGUUCGAAAAGCGGUGGCCGGAGAGGCUCCAUUGUGAGCUCGGGCCCUAGUCAGUCCAGAUCUAAUCGCAAUUGUAUGUAUCAUAACCACUCUCAGUCUGGGUCGUUCGUAUUGUACUUGUUUGGGUUCCAUUUCAACCCUAGGAUUUCGCCAGGUCACUAAUGUAAAUGCAAUUCAUUCGUUCAUC